AAGAUGUUUCUCAGAAAGCAAAUAAAUUUUCUUCAAUUGGUGCCAGUUACCAAGUUGAAGACGACAGUGAUAAACCCGAAACAAAAUGCAAAGUGAAUGAUGUUAAUUCGACUUGUUCAAAGGAGCAGACAAAAGAAUGUGAUUUAAUGAAUGACAAAAUCUUUGAAGCCUGCAUUGAAAAGAUCGGAGCUUCGCAUCUAGAAGAAUACUUGGAGUCUUGUAGAAUCGAUGUCUGUAGUUAUCACAAUGAUCCUACGAACCACCACUCUGUUUUCUGUCAAAUCAUUGAAGGUUUUGCUACAGAAUGCGAAACUGUGGGAAUUUUCGUUAAUUGGAGAGAAAUAUCACAAUGCCCGAUGAAAUGCAAGGAAAAUGAAGAAUUUCAACACAAGACUAGCAGCUGCCAACCUUCGUGCGCUAAUAGAUCACCGAUGUGCACAGGUUCAAGUCAAGGUUGUGUUUGUAGACAAGGCUUUAUUCUGAGUGGUGAACAGUGUGUACCUGAAACAGAAUGCGGCUGUAUCGACAACAAGAUAUAUAUGAAGGUUAAUGAGGAAAUUAUAUCAGCAGAUUGUAAAACAAAGAAAAUAUGUAAACCUGGUAACGAAAUCGUAACAGAAAAUAUCACUCCUUGUGGUGAAAAUAGCCAUUGCGGAAUUCAAAGAGGAAAAUAUGCAUGUGUUUGUAACGAAAAUUUCAUUCUUCAGAAGGAAGAAUGUGUUCACGCUGCUUUGAAACCAUGUAUAUGUAAAGUGUCUGGUGACCCUCACUACAGAGCGUUCGAUGGACAAAUGAUACAUUUCAUGGGCACAUGCAAUAUACACUGGCUACUAUUAAGAAGGGACCGAAUAAUACCUACUUUUCUGUUGAAAUAA